AUGUCGCAGCUGAUGCAGCUGCAUCAUGCUAGAGCUCUGUCUGCUCUUCGCAAGGUCUACCUGGCUGUCAUGCAAAAGCCGCUAACAGUUUGUUAUGAAAUGUCGGAUGCCGACAAAGCUCAACGCAACGCUGUGGACGAGCCUAAUAAACAGUACAACGCCGUCCUCAAACGUGACGUCACUGUCCACUGCAAGCUCUAUAUGGGGGUGUUACUGGGUCGUCUGGUGGACUGGUGCCGCCUUGAGAGCGCUCGUGCGGUGCCAUUUGCAAUGGCAACCGUGGCUGACUUUCGGCUUCAGCGCCGAUCCCGUGAAAUGGAGCGUCAGGGUCUUCAGUCUGAGCUCGUCGUGAGUCGACACAGUGUUGCGUUUAUGAUAGGAGAAACGCCAAUAGAGGCGAUGUCGCCUGACGUCGUGUAUGGCCGUUAUGUCGCUGCAAACCGGUCCUACAACGAAGACCUGCACCGCUGGAACGAGGACCUUCCUGUCUCGGAACAGCUCGGGCUUAACACUGCACGCAUGGAGAUGAUGGACAUGCCAUCGACAGGCUGGAAGGUGGACGUCCGCUUGAUGGCAUGCCCGUGUCGCUUCUUCAAGAAGUUCGCCUGCUGUACGCAUAUCUUGUUCGCCCAGAGCACACGCGGUCACAUCGACCUGUUUGGCCGCGAGCGGCUGGUGCGUUGCGCCACCAAGAAGCCAGGACGACUGCUGCUCGUCAAGGCCUAG